UUUCUUCUCGUCACUCGCCUCUAAAAUUGAUUUCAUUUAGGGUCAAUCGAGUUUUUUGCGAGAUAUGUACUCCAUACGUGUAUCAAGAAAUGAACCUCCUCGAGCCCGUCGACAAUCGAACCCAUCACAUCGCCCGGCUGUACGGUAGACACGUCCGUGCUAUUCGCGUCUUCCUAGGCACACGAAAGAGCAAGAAGACCGGCGCCGAUAGUAGCGACUGUCCUAGCGACGUUCCGCGGAGUGUGGACAUUUACUCUUUCUGCCUAGAAACCCAGUAUAUAGCUUUCUACCACGCCCACGCGACGAUGUACAGCCAAUUUCAAGCGUAUAAGGAAAGAUCAAUCGCACAUAUGUCGUUUCUCCUGCAUCUUGAAAAGUUGGACACCAUCGGCGUCCACUUUUUACAAGAAAAAAUUGAUUGGAUGAUGGAUCAAGUAGAAUUUAUCGCUCGCCAAGUUCUCACAAUAGCUUCAUCAGAUCGAGCCAGUCGCAUCAAAAGACUGGAACUCUCCAUACCCACCUUGAAGGCUUGUGCCGAAGACUUGCGAACUAAGUUUACCUCUCUCGAGCAUCUUUCGAUACAUACGAGCCCCAUACCGUAUUAUCUCUCCAACGUUUCUCGUCCAGAAGCAUUGGAUUGGUCCGCCUACAGCAAACUCACAACCAUGAGCCUCUCUCGUUCCCGACACGACUCGACAAAUUACACCCGCAAAGUUCCCGAAAUGGUUCGACAAAUUCCGUCCCUACAAGAGCUCUUCAUAUCCGAUGUAGCGGCGAUCAACGAGGAGGAAACGGUAGCAGUGAGACCGGUCGGGUGGAGUCAUUUACCAGACGAGUGGUGGAAUCAACGGAAACCCCUACGAUACCUUGACAUUGAGGCAGCUCUCAACGGGACCAUUUACUACCUCAGCGCCAUCCCCGUCGACAAG